AUUAUAUUAUCAUGAAUAGAGAACAGUGUCUCAAAUUAAUACAUUUAUAUGGAGAAUAUAAACUACUUUGGGAUGCGCAAUGUCCUAAUUAUACCAACAGAGGACUAAGAGAAGAUGCGUGGAAUAACAUAAAUCGUGAAAUGAACAUUCCAAUAAUGGAUUUAAAAAAAAAGAUGGAGUCUUUGCUAGGAUCCUAUAGGAGGGAAAGGUCACGUGAAAAGAAAAGCCGUAUCACAGGAUCAGGUAUGUUUAUGUUUAUUAUUAUGUUUUCGUACAGUCAUUACAUAUUUAUAGUCAGUCGUACAAAUUUAAUUAAUUUAUUAUUUAUUACAGGUCGUGGUGACAUAUAUAAAUCAAAUUGGUACGCCUAUGAAGCUUUCAGCUUCCUGGGCGAUAGAAACCAUCCAGGAAAUACUCAAGAUACUUUACCUGAAGACAAUGCAUGUCACAGUGAAAUUCAAAAUGAUGGAAGUCAAAGUAAAACUCGAAAUGAUGGCAGUGAAAAUGAAACUCAAAAUAGUGGCAGUCAAAGUGAAACUCAAAAUCAAGUCGGUAAUGAAAAUACAGUUAAAGAAACCAGAAAUGAAUAUACGAGAGCAAAGAAGAGAACUAAAAGAACUGAGCCAAAUGAUUUAACUGAUAAUGCUAUAUCAGAAGCCUUAACACUAUUACAACAGUGUGCAAGUGAUAGUGCUGCUUCGGAAAAACAUGACUCCUACGAUGUUUAUGGGCAAUAUGUCGCAAAUGAGUUGCGAAAAUAUGACGCUUUUACUUUAGCACAUGUAAAGCAUGCUAUAAAUAAAAUUAUUUUCGAAGCGGACAUGGGAGCAUACCCAUCAUACACUGGUUAUUAUACUCAAUCAUACAGUGGGCUAAACAGUUCCAAUAAUACGUCUUGUCUUUCUUCCUCACCGAUGCCUCCUCAAUCACCGAUGCCUCCUCAAUCACAGAUGCCUCCUACCUCACCGAUGCCUCCUACCUCACCGAUGCCUCCUACCCCACCGAUCCCUCCUACCUCACCGAUGCCCCCUCCGCCUCCUCAUCCUCAUUGUUAGAUAAGUACUUGUUUAAUUAAGCGUUUCAUAUUAAUUGUCUUUUUGUCUAUUUGUCAUGUUGUAAUAAUUAAUAAAAAUGUACGAAAAAUGGAAUAAAA